AUGUCAUACGAUCGUGCCAUCACUGUCUUUAGUCCAGAUGGACAUUUGUUGCAAGUGGAAUACUCGAUGGAAGCAGUCCGCCGAGGAUCCACAGUCGUUGGAGUCCAAGGAAAAGAUUGCGUUAUUUUGGCUGUGGAGAAGCGUGCCAUUGCCAAACUCCAAGAUGCCCGUACUAUCCGAAAGAUUGUGUCUGUUGACGAUCGAACUGUCUUGGCAUUUGCUGGUUUGACAGCCGAUGCUCGUGUUUUGGUGAACAAAGUAAGAGUAGAAGCACAAUCAUAUCGUUUGACUAUGGAGGAUGCUCCAUCGGUUGAUUACUUGGCAAGAUACCUUGCCAAGAUCCAACAGAAAUAUACUCAACAGGGAGGUGUGAGACCAUUCGGUAUUGCUACCCUAGUUGCUGGUGUCAACGAUGACGACAAAGGCAAGCGUCCUUUUUUGUACCAAACAGAUCCAGCAGGAACCCACAGUAGAUGGAAGGCACAAGCCAUUGGUGGAAGAAAUGCCAAGUCACUGCGAGAAUUCUUGGAGAAGCAAUACCAAGACUUGAAUGAAGAUGAAUUGACAGAAACGAAGUGCGUUCGCUUGGCUGUACAGGCUCUGUUGGAAGUUGUUGAUAGUGGCGCAAAAACAAUGGAAAUUUGUGUGAUCCGAGAAGGCGGUAUCAAGGAAAUGCUGAAGGAGGAAGCCGUCCAAGUUGUUGUCGAUGAAAUCGAGGCUGAACAGCAGGAAGAAAAGAGGGGUCCAUCCGGAAGCGAUUAA